CGGAUACAGUGAAUGCAGGGUCCAGGCAGAGAGGAUAUAGUGAAUGCAGGGUCCGGGGAGAGCGGAUAUAGUGAAUGCAGGGUCCGGGGAGAGCGGAUAUAGUGAAUGUAGGGGUCCGGGGAGACGAGAUAUAGUGAAUGCAGGGUCCAGGGAGACCGGAUAUAGUGAAUGCGGGGUCCGGGGAGACCAAAUAUAGUGAGUGCAGGGUCCGGGGAGACCGGAUAUAGUGAAUGCAGGGUCUGGGAAGACAAGAUAUAGUGAAUGCAGGGUCCGGGGAGACCGGAUAUAGUGAAUGCAGGGCCCGGGGAGACCGGAUAUAGUGAAUGCAGGGUCCGGGGAAA